AUGUCUUUAACACCAGGCCAGAAAUAUUACGCAACAAUAGUUGCAGUGUCAAACACUGGACUAGAAGCAACGAAAGUAUCUGAUGGGUUUACAGUUGACAUAGAACCGCCUAUCCCUGGAAUAGUAUUUGAUGGCAGAUUUUUAUACGACGCAGACUACACCAAUGAGACAACUAUACUACAUGCCCAGUGGCAUGGAUUCUACGACCGACACAGUGGAAUAGACUACUAUAUCUGUUGUGUUGGAACUACAUCAGACACAUCAACAUGUGAUGUGAUUCCAUUUCAUGACGUGGGGCUACAAACCAGUGUGUCGAUUGCGAUCCCUGGUGCAUUGCAACCUGGUAAAUAUUACACCAAAGUGCAGGCAGUAGAUGCAGUUGGGCAUCGCUCAGCUGUUAUAUCCUCUGAUGGAAUAAUCAUUGACAUAACGCCACCAGAUAUACUGCAUAUCACAAGUACAAAUGCAAAUCUACUUCGGAAUCCAUCAUUUGAAGAAGACGAAUCAAAUUUUGACAUUCAUUGUCACCCUCUCUGGUCCAAUUCAACCAGUACUCUUCCCCUUCACUGGAAAACGACAACCGUUACAAAGGUUGCUAUAGUGAACAGUAAAGAUGGUGAAGCAAGCGAUGGCAACCAAGCGUGUCUUUUACUGGGUGGUAUUCAGCAAAGUGUAGCCACUCAAGUAGGGAAUGUGUAUGCAGUGCAAUUUUCUGUGAGCCAUCCUCCUAGACCACCUAUAGAACAUGCGCUACAAACGGGCAAAAUAACUCUUCCUGGUAUUGAGGAGACCUUUCAAAUCUACCCUCGUCAUGAAGUGACAAAGAAUAACAAUGGCCAUCCAAAUUUGCAAUCGACGCCAUUGUCCCAUAUAGCUUGGCACAAACAUCUGUAUACAUUCGUUGCAACUGAACCUAAGUCGACACUUCGUAUAGAAACGCUUGCACGGAACGCUGGACUGUUAAUUGAUGCAGUGAAAAUUGAACUAUUGAGUCACUCUUCUACAAAGGGAGAUAUUGUAGUCGACUACCAACAAACCGGGGAAUGGUCUUUAAUACAAGCCCAUUGGCAAGUGUUAGACCUUGAAAGCCAUAUCGAUGAUAUAUCAUGGGCGAUAGGACUAGUAAGAGGGGGAACCCAGCUUCAAGGGUAUGUUGGUGUCGGUAGGAAGUCGUAUGGAAUCAACACGAAGCUCCAUCUGGUUCAUGGCAUGCUGGUACAUGUGACACUGAUAGUGCGCAAUAACGCAGGAUUGAUGAGUGUUGUAUAUGCUGAACCCAUUGUGAUUGACCGAACACCUCCUGUUAUCGGACUUGUAUCGCACAGCAAAGAUAAUGAUAUCGGGUACCAAAGUGGACAGGUUUUGAUUGCCAAGUGGGACGUUGAGGAUGAUGAAACAACGAUUAGCCAUUGCACUGUUGCAUUCGGUAAUUCUCCGGAGUCAACAGAUAUCACAGAUUUCAAAAAGGUUCUUUUUUCUGGAAACCCCAUGCUGUUUAACUCUACAAAUCAUGUUAACCUUAAACACGGUACCAAGGUUUAUGCAAUUGUGCGUUGUUUUAACACACUUGGUCUUUGGAGCCAGACAUCGUCAACUGGAAUCACGGUUAUAUCAGAGCCUCCAGAUGUGUCACAUGCCCUGAUUGAAUCCCUGCCAAAUAAAAUGUCACAUUUUCCAUGUAGUGAUUGGAUCCAAAAUGACAUUCAUACAAUUCGAUUAAAAUGGGAUGGAUUCCAGAAGUCAACAAAUCACAUAGAUUACUAUCAGGUGAACAUCGAAAUGACGAAUGGUGAUGUAAAUGGCACAAUAUAUGAACUUAUUAAUGAUGGGCGUCGACAGAUAACUAUGGAACCAUUAACUUUACAACAGAACACUCAUUAUAAGGCAAGUAUCAAAGCAGUUGACAUGGUCGGUAGUGUCAGCGAUGGCGUCCAAUUAAUGUUUACCGCAGAUACAAAUCCUCCUAAUAAAACGGGUAUUCGUAUUUCUCAUAAAUGGCUGGAAGGAACUACUGUUCGAUUUUUAUGGGAAGGUGUAUUCAUAUCCGACAGCGACCUUUAUUACGAACUUACUAUUGGUACAAAUCCUGGCGGAAGUGACAUCAUGAAAUGGGUUGAAACAAAGCAGACGUCAUUCACACUUUAUGCUGUAGAUAAUUCAUUUGAACAUCAUUUGACUGUGACUGCAAUUAACGAAGCUGGGUUUUACACGUCGACCAUUUUAUCAUUUAACUAUGAUAACUAA